AGUCCCUCCUCAUCCAUAGACAGACUAGGAACGAGAGAGAGAGAGACAGACAGACCCCAAAAUCCUCCAUUCCUGUCCAUCCCUCCAGCCACCAUAUCUGAUACCCUCACAUUUUCCCUCAUAUCUCCCUUGAAACACCACUUGGGUAUCUCGGGCGGGCAUCAUCACGUGGGUAUAGGAUUAAUCUCCACGUGUGUGCUGGGAGGAUAGCGAGAGAGCGCGGGAACACGGUGAAAUAUUUGAAAAACCACACCCAACUUUCUGAGCAGGCGCCGCAGGACGGGAAGGCAAGAGGAGAGCCAGGCAGUCCGCGCGCACCUCCCUCGCACGCCACUCCGGCCGCCACCCUCCUCCAGUUUUUCGCCUUUUACUCCACUUUUCCAACACAAACGCCAUGGGUGACGAAGUGGUGCUGGUGACGGGUGUGAGUGGGUACCUGGGUUCCCAUGUGGCCAAGCAGCUUCAGGAGGAAGGGUACCGUGUGAGGGGAACCGUCCGUAGCCUGGAGAAUGAGGCGAAGGUGGCGCCCCUCAAGAACCUGGUGCCGGACGCGAAGCACCCCCUCGAAUUGGUGGCUGCCGACCUGACCAGCGAUGAGGGGUGGGACAAGGCGGUGGAGGGGUGCACAUUGGUAGCUCACGUGGCAAGCCCAUUCCCUGACCAGACCAACCGCGCCGUGCCAGAGGAGGAGGUGCUGGGCCCGGCCAAGGAAGGGACGCUGAGGGUGCUGAGGGCUGUGGCAGCUCAGAACGGGGCUGUCAAGAGGGUGGUUCUGACAUCAUCCUUUGCUGCAGUGUUUGGUGAGACCGCAGCGGACCCCAACAAGAAGUACAAUGAAGAGGACUGGACCGACCCUGAGUCUCCCACCCUCGACUCCUACACCAAGUCCAAGGCCGUGGCGGAGAAGGCUGCCUGGGACUUCCUCAAGGAGCUCCCAGAGGAGCAGAAGUUCGAGCUUGCCGUCAUCAACCCCACACUGAUCUUUGGCCCCCCACUGAUUGAGGCACACAAGUCCGCUACAUCAGUGAUUCUCAUGGCAAACAUCGUCAACAAGGCCUACCCUGGGGUGCCCCGCGUGCAGUUCCCCGUGUGUGAUGUGCGCGAUGUGGCCAAGGCGCAUGUUAAGGCGCUCACCUUACCCGAGGCCGCCAGUAACCGUCACAUCAUCCUCACCGAGUCGCUGUGGUAUAGAGACAUCGCCGCGUCUGUCGCCAAGGAGUUCAGGCCCCAGGGGUACUCGAUCGCCACUGCCCAGCUGCCCUAUGCCCUCAUGUGGCUUGCUGGGUGCUUCAAUAAGGGGGUACGGAACUCCAUCCUCCCGCGCAUUGGCAAGACUCUGUCGGUGGAUAAUAAGAGGAUGGUGGAGGUGCUGGGGGUGGAGCCGACAGCGCUGGACUGCACCGUACAGGACAUGGUCUAUGCGAUGGUGGACCUGGGCAUUGUGAAGAAGGCCAAGAAAUACAAACAGGUUGGGUCGAGAGCUGAGGUCCCCGCUGUGAAUGGGGAGGUGGAGGAGGAAACCAAGGAAGGGAAACAGGAGGAGGAGAAGGAGAAGGAAGAGGGAGAGAAAGAGUUGGAGCCUGAAGAUAAAGAGAAGAAAGAAGACGAGGAAAUCAAACCGAAGGAAGACGAGAAGAAGGAAGAGAAGGAGGCGGAGGAUGAGAAGAAGGAGGAGGAGGAGAAGAAGGAAGAGAAGGAGAAGAAGGAGGAGAAGUGAAGGAUGAAGAGGAGGAGUCGGAGCGAGGAUUUCAGCGACGCAGCGGAGGUCAGCGAUAUUUCCAAGGUGCGAAUUUGGAUCAGCCUGAGUUUUGAUGCCCCUAAUGAUUGCGGCGCGAUGGUCCACACAUACAAGUGAGAAGACGCACAUGAAAACGCACACACACGCACACAGAGACACAUAUUGACACCCCAGAUUACAAACGCACACAUAUACACACACACACAUACACACAUACACAUCAGAAAUCACACAUACACGCACACAGAGACACAUAUUGACACCCCAGAUUACAAACGCACACAUAUACACACACACACAUACACACACACAUCAGAAAUCGCACAUACACACACACACACACAUCAGAAAUCGCACAUACACACACACACACGCACACACAGACGUACAUCGACACCCAUGGAUACAUACACACAUAUAUUUCGCGCACACACACACACGCACACACAUACAUGGACCCACAAUACGCACACACAUACAUACAUACAUACAUACAUACAUUGCUGUUUUGGCUAUUACUGUUGCUAUUGUGAGAGAGAGAGAGAGAGAGAGAGAGAGAGAGAGAGAGAGUCACCCACCCACCCACUGCUGCAUUCCUGCCUUAUAUUAAAAAUCGCAUCUUCACACACACACAGCUCACGUUUUGGACAAGUUAGGACAUGUUCGGACACGUUUUUGUACUCGUUUUCUACCGCGGAAUAUAGCUGACAACAAAAUAGUCACUGAGUUGGAAUAGUCAAAGUUUGUACCAUUUUUACAUUGGGAUAGUUUUUCGUACCCUGCCUAGUGAGGAGAAUAGUCUAGAGGGAAAGUAUACAGAAAGGAUACUACUAUGACCACUACUACUACUACUACUACUACUACUACUACUACUACUACUAUUGCUACUAAUACUAAGAAGAAGAAUAAGUUAGUCACCGCAAUAGAUGUUAACGUGUAAAGAAAGAGAGAAGGGAAAGAGAAGAAGGGAAUAAGGAAAGGAGGAAAGAGAGAGAAAGGAGGGAAUGAGAGAGAGGGAAAAAGAAAGAAAGAAAAGAGGAGGAGGAGAGAAAGAAAGAAGAAUGAGAAGGGAUGAAAAUGAGUGAACGGAGUAUGAAAAAAAAACAAAAAAUCUCAGUAAGAAAUUUUAAGACAGACAAAUAUGAUUACAAACAAACAAACAAACAAACAAAUCAAUCUUUUUUUUUUUUCAAUUUUCCUUCCCUCCCUUUCUUCCUCCUCCUCCUCCUCCUCCUCCUUCUCUUCCGUGUUCCUCUCUUCUCCUCCUCCUAGCUUUCCUCUCUUCUUUCUUUCCCUCCCUUUCUUCCUCCUCCUCCUCCUCCUCCUCCUCCUAGCUUUCCUCUCUUCUCUCCUUUUCUCUCCUUCUUCCCUCCCUUUCCUCCUCCUAGCUUUCCUCUCUUCUUUCUUUCCCUCCCUUUCUUCCUCCUCCUCCUCCUCCUCCUCCUAGCUUUCCUCUCUUCUCUCCUUUUCUCUCCUUCUUCCCUCCCUUUCCUCCUCCUCCUCCUCCUCUUCCUCUGUGUUCCUCUCCUCUCCUCCUCCUCCUCCUAGCUUUCCUCUCUUCUCUCCUUUUCUCUCCUUCUUCCCUUCCUUUCCUCCUUUUUCCUCUCCUUUCCUCUUUCUUUUCCUUCCUCUCCUCCUCCUCCUCCUCCCUUUUCUCUUCCUUUCCUCUCUUUUCUCUCCUUCUCCUCUUCUCUUUCUCUCCAUUUUCUCUUUUCCUCAUCUCUCUCUCUUCCUCCUUCUCUUUCUCUCCUCUCCUCUCUCUCAAUCCCUUUUCCUCUUCCUCCUCCUUUCCUCUCUCCAUUUUCUCUCUUCCUCCUCUCUCUCCUUCCCUUCUGUCUCCAUUCCUCCUCUUCUUUCACUCCUCCUCCUCCUCCUCCUCUCCCCAUACACUGCGAACAAACAUACGAACAAACAAACACCCGACCAAACAAUUAAAACAUCGCCACAAACAACGGCAAACCAACGUACGAACAUACACCGAGUCCUCCUCUCAAGCCUAAAGUGUUAUGGUUAGGAUUUUAAGCUUAGAGAAAAACAAAGAAAAAAAAACAAGGAGAAGAAGAAGAAGGAAACAUAGACAGAAAAUGAAUGUAAAAUUGUGUCGACGAGAGAAAGAAAGAAAGAAAGAAAGAUAGCAUGAGAGAGAGAGAGAGAGAGAGAGAGAGAGAGAGAGAGAGAGAGAGAGAGAGAGAGAGAGAGAGAGAGAGAGAGAGAU